UUGCAUUUUUUACUGUUAUAAGUCUUAUAAAUAUGUUUACGUUUUCUGCAGCAUUACAAUGUUUCAAUAUAAUACGAAAAUACAAUAUAAUAAAAAGAAAUCAGCAUUGAGUACUUGCCCUCCAAAAAGUCAUGCAUGCACAUACUUUCGAUGUUUUCAUUUUUAAAAAAUAUGUAAAAUAUGAUUGAAAGCAGAUGGAAAGUGUAUGCACAACUAGUAUACAGGAUUGUGUUGAAUAUCCUCUUUAGAACGGUAAUACAUAAAAUCUUUGAAAAUUUGGAGAGCUACAUCCUGCUUUAAAAGGUCAAACCAGAAACGUCACAAACAUCACUAAUGACUAAGGAUAAAGCUUUUAUCUACUUCCAUUUUCUCAAGAAUGAGAAACCCAGAGACAUUUUGCUGAUCUACCAUUUAGCUGGAAAUCUACCAGCUGUCACCUUCUUCUAAUUACCCAAUAUUCUUCAUUCAGAUCCAUGGACAGGUCACACUGUCGCUCAACAAUUAUUAACAAUUAACCAAAGCUGACUUUAGCUUGACAACACAGCGCACAGGACCUGCAUGAGCACCUGAGCGUGUUUGUCUUUUGUGAACGUAAUACUACUUGGGUGUUAAUGUGAAUUGGUUGGGUAAACACAGCUAAUGUGGCAUAUGUGAUUGGACAGUCACUUAAGGAGUUAGAGUGUGUUUGUGCAUACAAGACUCCUUUUCCGCUGAUCCAGGCAAAUACUGCAGAACUUGUGUGGACAUAAAAGGGAGAAGGACAUGCAGAUCGUCCCAAACCAUCUCACCUCUCUCAUCUGUUACCAUCUAGUCAUCAGCUUCAAGAACAGGGUAAUAAUGGCAUUGUGGCUCCAAGCUGGUGCUCUCAUGUUGAUUUUGGCCAUCUCUGGUGUCAACGCUAAUGCAGGGGCUCCACAGCACCUGUGUGGAUCUCACCUAGUCGACGCUCUUUACCUAGUCUGUGGUCCAACCGGUUUCUUCUAUAACCCUAAGAGAGAUGUUAACCCCCUACUGGGUUUCCUUCCUCCUAAAUCCGACCAGGAAAAUGAUGCGGCUGACUUUGCAUUUAAAGAUCAUGCUGAGCUGAUAAGAAAGAGAGGCAUAGUGGAGCAGUGCUGCCACAAACCCUGCAGCAUCUUCGAACUCCAGAAUUAUUGCAAUUAAAUUACUUUACCAGACAGGUACCAGGUGCCUUAAUGAUCUUGAUUUGUGUUUUUCAUAGAAAAUAAACAUUUAUCAAAUACGGAAUGUGUUUUUGCUGACUCUACGUGGUAUAUUUGUACUUUUUGUUAUUGGUCAUUGUACAACUGUACUGUGUUUAUCAAUUUUUUCACAUCCAGUCAUAGACAUUACAUGUUAUUCAAAACUAGCAAAUGCACAUGACUUCUGCCAAAAACUAAACAAAUAUUGUUUAGUGUCACUAAACAAAAGACAAUUUUUGGAAACAUUUAAACAACCAAACAAUACAGUGAGUAGACCUAUACUGAGUAAUAAGAAACAAGGAAUCUGCAGAAACUAUGGAUGGUGUUACACAAUACAAUAAAAAGUCUCUAAACUAAUUAUUAAAUCAAAUCAAAUCCACUAAAUGAAUGUUCUACAGAUCUGCUUCUCAGAAAAAGGACACCAUCCAUUUUAUGUAUUGUUUUGUUGUAAGUUGUUUAUCUUAGAGAAACAAACCAGUACGGUGACAUCUGAACAGAGACCAUUGUGGAAACUUGUGUUUUAUUUCUGAGUCAUAUUUGUGAUCUUUUUUGUCACUAACCAAAAUCUAUAUAUCAUUUUUUAUGCACUUUCCAUUCCAACAAAUGCUCACAUAUCUGAUAUGGUAAUCAUUGUCAUUUAGUGGAUGCAUUGUAGAAUCUAGGAGUAAAGAUUUUUGCAUCUCCCAGCACUGUGGUAUAAUCAUUACAUUUUUGAAGAGGCUCUUAAACUGAGCAGUGUGUCAUUUUGGCAGAGAGGCAUUUUCUAUAUUAGUAUGUAGUUUGAAAAGUUAUCUCUGCAGUCAUCUGCAAAGCUUUCAUUUCUCUGAAAUCACUUAGAAAAGGCUGGCUUUAAAUAUCAAGCUUGCUUUAUUUUUAACAAGUAUAGGUUUCAGUUGCUAUUCUUUUUCUUACUAAAAUUGCUUUAAUAUUAGGUCAGAAUAUAAGUGUAAAGGAACAACUGCCUAAUACAUGGUGUAAAGAUAACUUAUAAUGUUUCUUAUUUCUAUACAGUUUGUUUCUUACAUGCAUUUUAUGUAA